AUGACUGUCACGCAAGUUGUGUCUACGCAAUCGACCUUGACCCUAAUGACACCGAGCAUUAUGACUACUGUUGUGCAGUCUCCCACGACGAUCCUGGCUACUAGCACUGUGUCCGCUGGUGACCCGUUGACGUACUAUUCGACCAUCGUCAAUUCUUUGGUACAGCCGACGACUAUUCAAGUACCGAUCACGAUCAGAGAGACCACUACUAUGGCCUCCGAUGGCCCAGUCACGCAGACAAUCGUAUCACUGCAGCCAACCACAAUCGUGACCACGUACACUGAGCCUACCAAUAUUCAGAUGCCCACGAUUUUGACAGAAACUACCACUUUUUCGAGCGUGCAGGUGGUUACUCAAACGACCACUCUGCAAGUUCCCACAGUCAUCACAGAAACAACUACUCUGCCACUAGGUGAAGUGCUCACGCAAACGACGACAGUACAGGUCCCAACAGUGUCAACACAGACUACUACUAUGUCAGCAGGCGAAAUCCUCACACUGACCACAACUGUAAUGCAGCCAACAACGAUCUCUACGACUCUGGUGCAAUCGACAACGAUCGAGAUCCCGACCACGGUUUUGCAGACCACUACCAUGACUGAGGGCGCGACUUUGAUACAGACCAGUAUCGUACUGCAGCCAACUACAGUAUCUACGACUGUCGAAUUCACGAGCACUGUCACAUCAACUACUACUGCAACCUCUGAUGUAACAACCGUGUACACAUCCACCUAUUCGACCACCGUUCUACAACCCACGACAUUCAUCGAAACGAGCUUCGUACCUACGCAGGUAGAGUUCACAACCACUUCUGUCUCCACAACAACCAUGAUAUCUGUGCAGACGCCAGAUCCUAUGACCAUCACCAGUGUCUCGACUUAUUCCACCGAAGUUGUGGUAGUGUCCACGAUAUCUGCAAGCACUUACACGACUGUCAUACCUCCACAGACUGUUACAAUCACAAACACCGUGGACAGCUGCGGCAACUUCCCAACCUCCACUGUUGACGGAGUACCCGCGGCUACAUGCGGCAGUGAUUUCGACAUACGCCUGGACCUCCAGUAUGGGUACUAUGACUUCUCGAAUGAUAAUGGCUCGCAGGUUCAGCAAUUUGCGCCAGGCACCGAUUUGACUGCAGCUGAUUUAGCUGGCAGCUCAUCAUACUCGAGACGGAGUCUCCAGCACCAAAAGCGGUUUUGGGGCUGGGCCAAUUACGCAGGCAGCAGUCGAUUUGACCAAAACAUCCCCAUCGUGGGCACAGUCGUCAAAGCUGCAGCCGAAUCGGUCAACAAUGUUGUCAACGUGGCCACCAAAGCCGUCACUCUUCUCACGAAUCAGCCGACUACCGCCGGAGUGGACUUCACCUUACCGAUUGGUAUCAGCGCUGGCGAUGACGAUGAGUCCCCUUGGGGUCCGGCAUACUUGAUAUUUGAGUGUGGCGAAGAGUGUGGCGGCGAAGAAGAGGAGAACAAGCAGACCAUUUCUGAUCUGUGGGGAAAGAAUGGUCUCUUGCCAUCAAUCAACGAUAUUACUGGCCAAGAAGAGGAGCCUGAACCUGGCAUCCGCGUCUAUUGCGUCAGGUGCGGAGUAGACGGCUCUUUCACCGUCUCUGGAUCGAUCACAGUUCAGCUCCUGUCUGGAGUCCAAGACGCGCAGGUGAGCUUGGCUGGCAAUCUACGCGCUGGUGUCGAGCUUGGAGUCGAGUUCCUGGCUGUCUACGAACGGGAGAUCGAGCGGAAAAGAUUGCUUGAAGUCGGGGUACCUGGAUUCUCCAUACCAGCCAUUAUCACAGUCGGACCAAUGGUGAUAUUGGACGUUGCUGCGACACUCCGCAUCGAAGCGCAAGGUCAAGCGAUAGCUGGAUUCCAGUACUACCUCGAUGGAUUUGAGCAGACUAUCAACUUUAUCGACAAAUCAAAGUCAAGAUCGAAGGGUUGGACUCCUCGCGUCGAGCGAGUGUUCAAUGCCAUGGGCAAGCUAACUGCCACUGCGGAGCUUGUCAUGCCCAUCGGUAUCACAGUUGGCGUCAGUCUGCUUGGUGGCAAAUUCACGCUGUCUGCUGGCCUUGUCGACACACCUUCUAUCGACUUUACGGCAUCAUACGCCCUAAGCAUCGACUCAUCUGGAGUGACGAUCAACGAUGGCAACUGCAACGGCAUUGAGUGGUGGAUCGACCUCAAGAACAGGAUAGAAGCAGUGUACCCUGGCAACACGCUCCUACUGGGCCAAUGGCUCGGUCCUACGCUUGCAAAAGGGUGCCUUGGAGCGAAGCCAGCACAGACGCCACCGCCGGUGUCUACCCGUAGGACUAUUGGACCUUCGACCACUUCAAUGCUGCUCCCACCUCUAGCCCUGAUUUCUCCCUCUCAGUACACCAACACGCCCUGUGUACCUAUCUUAUUGAACGGCGGCUUUGCAGAUACAAUGCCGUCGCCUACGAUAGCGCCAUGGGUACCCACUCUGGACCCUGGCAACACCUGGAGCUUUACCACUGGUUACCAGAGCGUAAAUGGUAUUCAGGUCAACAUUAAUCGCAACGCCAACAGCCCUUAUAGUAACGUUGUGCUCUCACAGAACAUCACCAUGGUUCCAGGAGCAAGGUACAGCCUAUCCAUGACCUUCAAGUAUGCUCGAUAA